GCAACUCUGGUAUUUUUUGGAGUUGGAGUGAAUUUGGUGUUGUUCCUCACGAGGGUGCUGCAAGAAAAUAAUGCUGAUGCUGCUAAUAGUGUGAGCAAAUGGACUGGCACAGUCUAUAUUUGCUCCCUUGUUGGUGCUUUUCUUAGCGACUCUUAUUGGGGAAGAUUCAAAACUUGUGCCAUUUUCCAAGUCAUCUAUGUAACUGGAUUGGCAUUACUAGCACUAGCAUCACAACUUUACUUGCUCAAACCUAAAGGUUGAGGGAAUCGAACGACUCUAUGUGGAGAACAUUCAACCAUGGAGAUUGGUCUAUUCUAUGUCUCUGUGUAUAUGAUUGCUCUAGGAUAUGGAGGUUAUCAGCCAAAUAUUGCUACUUUUGGGGCUGAUCAAUUCGACGAGCAGCAUCCACAGGAGUCUUCAUCUAAAGUUGCUUUCUUCAGCUACUUUUAUCUGUUCAUGAACCUCGGAUCACUCUUCUCCAACACUAUUUUAGACUACUUUGAGGAUGAAGGAAUGUGGGCUCUUGGUUUUUGGGUGUCUGCAGCAUCUGCCUUCGCAGCAUUAAUGCUUUUUCUUGGAGGCACAGCUAGGUACAGACACUUCAAGUCUAGUGGCAACCCUCUUGCCAGGUUUGGUCAAGUUUUUGUUGCAGCAACAAAGAAAGGUAAAGUGGAGACACCGGAAAAUGAAGACGACUUCUACCAACGGGAAGACGACGAUGACACAACCGGUGGUAGAAAAAUGUUACACACCCAUGGUUUCAAAUUCUUGGACAGAGCAGCUGUGGUGACAUCAAGGGAACUAGUUGACAACGAGAAGCAGAGCAAUCACAACCCUUGGCGUCUAUGCCCCAUUUCACAAGUUGAGGAGGUUAAAUGCAUUUUAAGACUGCUGCCAAUUUGGUUAUGUACCAUUAUUUACUCUGUAGUUUUCACGCAAAUGGCCUCACUCUUUGUCGAGCAAGGUGAUGCCAUGAAAACUACAAUAGCAAACUUCAGGAUUCCAGCAGCAAGCAUGUCUACCUUUGACAUCCUCAGUGUAGCAGGUGUCAUAUUUCUCAACCGCAGAGUUUUUAAUCCACUAGUCAGUAGGUUUAAGAAGUGCAAGGGUGACCAAGCCGGGCUAACUGAACUUCAAAGGAUGGGUAUUGGACUAGUCAUAACAGUAAUGGCUAUGCUUUCAGCAGGAAUUGUGGAGUGCUACAGGCUAAAGUAUGCUAGUAAUGACUGUAAACACUGUGAAGGCUCAAGCUUUCUUAACAUCUUCUGGCAAGUCCCUCAAUAUGCUUUUAUAGGAGCUUCGGAAGUAUUCAUGUAUGUAGCCCAACUAGAGUUCUUCAAUGCACAAGCACCUGAUGGACUUAAAAGCUUUGGAAGUGCACUAUGCAUGACAUCGAUAUCAUUGGGGAACUACGUGAGUAGCUUUCUUGUGAGCAUAGUGAUGAAAGUAUCAGCAACUGACAACAUGCCUGGAUGGAUACCAGGAAACCUUAACAAAGGUCAUUUAGACAGAUUCUAUUUUCUAUUAGCUGGUUUUACAUUAAUAGAUUUGGGUACAUACAUUGCAUGUGCAAAGUGGUACAAGAAUAUUAAGCAUGGUGAGAAGAUUCAGGAAAACGAGGAAGAGGAUAAUUGUGAAGUCUAACAUACCUGAUAU